AUGCCUGAAGACACCCUCGUAUUCAGCGAGGAGGACCUCGAGGCCAUGAUAGAGCUGCACAACAAUGCGUUGGUGAUCUCGUUUCUUUUAAACAAUACCAGGAUAAAGCGCGUACUUGUGGACCCAGGCAGCUCGGCCAACAUAAUUAUAUUAGAGGUAGUAGAACAGCUAGGGCUGCUCAAUCAAGUCGCCCUCAUCCCUCGAGUCCUCCAUGGAUUCAACAUGACUGGCGAAGUAACGAAAGGGGAGAUCACCCUCCCGAUCGACACGUCCGGCGUGAUCCAGAACACCGAGUUCCAAGUCAUCGACGGCAACAUGAGGUACAAUGCAUUACCUGGCAGGCCUUGGAUACACAGCAUGAGGGCAGUAUCGUCAACCUUACAUCAGGUGAUAAAGUUUCCCACGAGGGACGGCAUCACGACUAUACAUGGAGAACAGCAUGUAGCAAAAGAAAUGUUUGCAGUCCACUAUGAGGCGCUGAAUCCCCGUAUUCCCGAGGAUAGAAACACACAGGCCCCCGAGAACGACGAGAAAGAUUUCUUUGCUCCCCAAACCUUCAUCGCCCCCAAAGAAUCGGACGCAACUAAAUAUACAGUCGAAGAGCUAGAGUAG